CCCGACGGAACAAAUUAGGGUUUAUCUUCGUCGAUCUCUCUCUCUCUCUCUUUUUUCUCUAGAGUCUUGUUCGUUUCUGACUCCCUCUGCAACUAUCUCAGCGUCGUCGCUCUACUCUCCGGAGUCCCCCUUAAUUAUAGAUAGGCCCUAUAUAUCCCUCUGCCACUUUCUCCGCCGCCGGAGUCUCUUUAAUUCGUUACUUUUAAGGCAAUGGAGGAAUUAAGCCAAAUCCUCAAGACCAAUAGCACCGAUGAUCUCACUUGGUUCUGCUCUCUCUCAGAAUCUGAGCUGGAUUUGCUCAUCAGCUUAAAGAAGCUAGCCAUUCAGCGCGCCAAAAUAUGUGGUCAUCAAGAACUAGCUGACAGUUUUGAUCUUAAGCUGCUCCGAGCUCUAGGGCUUGUGGUAAUGGAGUAUGUAAGAAAAAGGGUACGAGAUGACACUUCUCUUGCCCCAAGUGUUGUUCAUCAACUCAGGCUUUUGGAUGAUUGUAAUCUGUUGAAAACGCAUGUUAGUGAUACUAUAGACAUUGAGGAGAUUCUGACUGGAAUCUGCAAAAUCAAUUCAAAAAGGAAAGCGCCGAAAAGGAGGCGCUAGGAAAAUAGUUGUUGUUGCGAUGGGGAAAUCUGAUUGCUUAAGAGUGAACAGUGAGAGGAAGCAAAUGGAGGAGCAGGGAGCACAAGAAGACGGAUUUGGCCAAGAAUGCAGAGCAUGGUCUUUUGAAUAUUGAUCAUAUUCUCUGGUGUUUCGGUGACGCACGGUGGUUGCAACCGUAAAAUGUUUGUAAUUGAGGAUGGUUUUCUUACUUGCUGUGCUCAGUCGUUGAUAAUAGCAAUUAUUAAUUAGCUUUACUUUGUGGUCUCUGGACAAAAUUUUGAAAAGUUGUAUAAAUGUAUGUUAGAAGACAUGGAUUUGUUGAUUUGAUUGAAAACACCAAAGUUCGUUUAUCCUCUAUGUGUUAAUUAUUUAAUGUGAAUGUGAUGGCAUUUUUGUUGAA